ACUUACUGCCGUAAAACACAGAAAAGGUAGUAGAAUAUACCACAUUUUGGUGACUAUGGUUACCUGCAAAGAUCCACAACGCAGAACUUUGGAACUUCUCAAAGUCAUAAAAGACGUGACAUCAUCGCGUUAACGGUAAGAUUAAUGCAAAAUAGAGCAGAGAAGAGACAUAAACUGAGCAGAGAAAUAUAGCAUAAGGCAUUACAGUGAGUGCGUCCCACUAGAGCUCUACAAUGACGAGUGGACGAAGUCUGCAUUCAUUCAUCACAGACUGCAGAGCAGACGAUGUGGAAAAACUCGCACUGCGGAUGAAAAGCGGUCUUGGCAGCUCGAGGUACAAACCGACCGACUAUAAAACACUCCAAGCUAUUGUUGAUGCCAGGCGCCUGCAGUCAAAACUAAUUGGACAAAAGGUUGAGAAAAUUCGCUGUGCAGCCAAGGCAACCAAGGAGAGCUCAAUUUUACAGCAGCACAGACAGGUGUGGAGCAGAGAGUGCCCCAGGCUGCAAAAGGCUGAAAUGAAUGCUGAAGAUGACAUCCGUGGUUUUCUCGAGCAGAUCAGACCCACUAAUAGAACAGAUUCUGGCAUUUUCUCACUUCAGGAUGAUGAGCUUUUGCUCGAGAGAGAACGAGAGGCAUUUUGGACAGCGACUGUGGAGCCGGUUUAUCAGCUCAGGGAUGACCUGUGCUUCAGAUGCAGUGAACUACAACAUCGGCGGCUCAAUGUUCAUCCAUCAAGCAUAGAACCAGUUAUGCAACAGAUACAAUUUGUGAAAGACCAGCAAGGUGAAAUUACUGCAAAACUCCAUGCAGAUUGUGUAGCCUUGGAGGAGGAGAUAAUGAACCUUGGCUUGGAGAAAUAUCUCACGAGUAGCUCAGAUGAUCAUCUGGUGAACAUAGAAAGUAUUCCAGAGGAGGUUUGGAAUUCUGACUGCCCCUACCCAGAGCUGAAGGACUCUCUGAUCCAGGCCUUCCACUGCUUGUCAGAAAUGUACAGGGGCAGACUGAACAGCCUUCAAGAGGAACUGCAAAGAACUGACAGGUUCUGUGGCUGGAGUCCAGACGACCACCUACGCUACCAGUUCACGCUGUGCCAGUACACUCAUGACAUAACCAACAACAGAGCGCUUUGCAUGGACAUGCUGCAAAGAGUCUUCCCUGAGAAAAGCAGGCAAGAGCUGAUGGAGCAUGAACGCGCGUUGGACUGGCACCACUUCACCCAGACACAGCUGAACGCAGUGACCCAGCAGUGGCGACGGGACAUGGAAGAGUUAUUAGCCCACGCCCUGGUCACAUUACAAGAAGCAGGGCUUGCCCACCAGGAGGAGCUGGAGCACCACAGAGACCGCCAGAGCCAGCAGGAGAUAUGCUCGCGUCUCAGAGAGAAGCUGCAGCGAUGGCGGACCCAGCAGGAGGAGGUGGCGACACUGGAGGCAGCUAUAACUGCUAGACAACAAGCUGAGGAAAAGGCAAGGUUAAAAAGGGAGCAGGAGAAGGAGGCUGCCGUCAGGUCACAGCAAAAGGAGAAGGUCAGGCGGUUUCAUUUUAAGCAGGAGAAGAGGAGGGAGGAGCUGGAGCAGAGAGACCGAGACAGACUUGCUUAUCUGAGGAGCAUCAUGGAGGAGCAGGAAAGGAAAGAUAAAGAGAGGGUGCAGUUUAGGGCAGACAUGUUGCAACUGCGCAAGGAGGAGAGAGAAGCGCGGGAGCUCGAGCGUCAAAGGGAAGAGGAAGAGAAACAGAAGCGUCUGGAAGCUCUCAGAAACCAGGUUGUGGUGGUGGCAGAGGCAGACCCAGAGAGGCUGACGGCAGAUACAGAGGCAUGGAAGAGUCGACGGCUGAAUGAAAAGGAGUUUGUGCUCCAGAGACCUCUCUACAGCAUUAACACAUUUACAAACACACAGAUUGAAUCUGAUCUCAGAGUGCGGCUUGAUCGGGCGCUGCGGGAGGCUGGUCUGCAAAACAGCCUGUAUACCAAAGCGGUUGUGGCUGCUUUAAAUCCACCCAAACCACCUCGAUGAAGCACAGGAUCCACAUUCAACGUCUGACCAGGGGCUUGUUGGGGUCAACAUGUAAAGUUGAACUUUUUGUUCCCCUUAUAUUUAUCAUUCCAUGACUUAAUAAUGUGUCGGUGGAUCCACAUUUGCACAGCUGUACAAAGUCAAAGACAAUAUUGACCAAAACAUGACACGGUUCAGUUACCUUUUUUUUUUUUUUUUACUUUUAUUGAAGGUUAUAUACAUAUUAGAAAUACAGUAUCAUACAUUUGCUUUCACAUAUAACAAACAUGUACAUCCAACGGAGAAAAUGACUUUUCUUCACAUUUAUCAACACUUUUUUCACUUGAUAUAAUGUUCAGAAAGUUCAUAUUUGCAUAGACGAGCUUGUACGGAAGACACUUGACUGUGGUGAGCAUUUACUGACACACUCACGUCUCGAUGGCGUUGUCUUUUACCGUCUUGCGUCCCGUCCAAUAAGCAUACACACGCUUUAAAUAACCUUUAAGAUAGGAAUACAGCAGCCUACGUUACUAUUCUCGAUGAGUUGAUUUUAAUUCUGUGUGUGAGAUUUGUGGCUGUCGCUAACAAAGUUAACAUUUAUAUAAAGACGUGCUGACGGAAAGACUUUUUCAUUUUCUUUCCCUGAGUUAAAAACAGAAGUUCAAAUCAACAUACACGACACGUUACUUUUAAAAAUCACUAUACAUUAGCACCAGAGUAUAUAUUUAGUACAUAUUAAAACAUCCAACAAAUAUACAUAUAUAACAGCAACAUUUAUAUAUAUGGUCUUGUUUUUAACUUAUUUUAGCUCAUC